AGCAGGAACAAGAGUCUAGCCAACACGCGUCAUGUUGACAGGAAAACCAGGGCGAUGAUUUGUAGAGACAUCUUAAUGACUGGAAUACAGCGAGCAAAUGGAAUGCAAGAGAGCUGAUCCAGCAGCUGGCUUGAAUUCUUUUCUAGCUUCUAUGCAUUUCAUCUAUUAGCUUUAACUCAAGGGGCAUUAAUGAUUAAUGAGUUAAACGGACUUUAAAACACACCACCCCAUUCUUGUAGUUUCACAAAUAAUGGAACAAAUGACUGGCAUUGCCUGUUCCCUCAUUUCUCUGACUAAUCAAGCUGAUAAAGUGCCUGGAGGUGGUUCCGAAUCACACAUUCGCAUUAAGCAGCUGUGCUCUGGACCUUUCCAGAUUAGGUCCUGUUCCUAGUGGUUAACGUGAGGAAAUUAUUAAGGAAUUAAUGAUACUACAGAUUGUUCACAUUUUAUGUUCCUCCAUUAAUAUAUCUUUCAUCAUACAAAAACUAUGUUUUUUCUUUUAAUACAUAAGCAUUCAAGUGUAUCUUUUUUUUAAACAGCAUGCAUUGUAAAAUAGAGUUAUGCCUAUAUUCCACAGUUAGGGCUUCGAUGUUUUCUGCAAUAGCUAUGACAGUUUAAUUUAAAAUCUUGUAAAAGAGAGCAACCAGACACUGGUGCAAUAUGGAAGAGAAGAAGUAAUAUAGUUUGUAGUUACGAAAACAGGGCUUUGACGUAUCAGACCCAUAUACACAGCAAAAGUACCAAAAGGUAAGUUCAGUUUGCUUUAAUGAGCAGUUUGUUAUCUAAAAACAGGAGAGGGUCAGUACACAACAGACAAUGUAAGUACAAUCAAUGCAUCCAGAUGGGCUGCAUCUGUGUGCAACAGGUUGUCUUAGAGUGUAGAAGGUAUAAUAGGAAAAAGGAAGAUUAUGGUGGGAGAAGUGAAUCAAGUUGGUCUAAAGGAUGUGUGAAGUGUUCUGGUGAUUAGUGACUGGUUAUUUACAGUCUACUGGGUUGCAGUGGGAAUUAUGAUAGGUGGCGGUAAUGCACCUUUAGGGGUGCCAGCUGCCGUAAAACACUACAGAAGAAGAGGAAGCAGCACAAGAAGCCGGUGACGAAGAAGAAGAAAAAAACAAUAACAUUUUGAGUUUGGCAACUCCCUCGGCGCGAACAGCAUAGUUUAUUUCGCUGAAAUGCUGUAAGAAAGUGAAGCAGUACAACUCUUAAACAUGUUCAGCCUGGAGACCUUUCAGAACCAGAUUUCUGCUGUCAUGGACGCUCUGGUGGAAUCGGCGGUGGCGGAGCUCAGCAGGCUCCUGGACGUGAUGGCCGCCCAGCAGCGCUCCGCUGCGGCUCCAGAAGAGGCGGCUGUAAAGAGCGACGGGGCAGCACCGGAGCAGAGACUGAGGCUCAACUCAGACAUGACGAACCACUUUGCAUCUCUUAUGAAAUCAUGGACCUCAGGUGCAGCGCAGAAAAUCUCAAUGAUGUUGAAAGUGUCUGUGUGUGAAGCUGAAGACGGUGCUGCUGAAGGGAACAGGGUCAGACCAAAUGACAAGCUGAAACAGAUAAGCGAGGAGGCAUCUAAAUACACAGCUGUCAGACGAUCCCACAGUAGGAGAAAGAAGAAUGAAGGAGGACCCAAACUAGCAAUAAGAAAGGAGAAUUAUUACAGAGAUGACCUCCAGACUGAAGUUCCACCUGCAACUCUAUCACAAUCAGUAAAUGAGCCUGUUACUGUAACCAGUCAAUCAUCCUCUGGACCUGACAUCUUGGAGACUGACCUCAUUUCAGAUCAAGCUCCUGAGCAGGCAUCUGAUGUGCGCGAGGAGGAUAAUGUCCAAGACAAUGCUAACAUUUCAACUACUAAAUCCAAAGUAAAACGGAAGACAACAGGCCUGUUCAAAUGUCCAUCUUGUGACAAAACAUUUGCUCUCAAGUGUUUAAUGGACAGACACAACCUCACCCACACCAAACCUCACCUGUGCUCUGAGUGCGGUAAGCGUUUUUCUGGGCUCCGAGGCCUCAUUGCACAUUCAAGACGUCACACUGGACAGAAGCUUUACAAAUGCACAGACUGUGGGACAGAGUUUGCUUAUAAGUUCACGUAUGAGAGACAUAUGCGUCAGCACAGCGUGAAGAAACCAUGCACCCACACCUGCACACUGUGUGAGAACCAGUUUGCCGGUUUGGUGGCGCUUCAGCGACACAGGUGUCGCGCCCUAAAGAAGACAUUUGUGUGCUCACUUUGUCCAGAGACCUUUGAGUGCAGACAGAGUUUGGCAGAUCAUGAGAAUCUCCAUUCAGGAGACCGAGACUUUGUCUGUGAAAUUUGUGGAGACAGUUUCUUCUCAUCUUUAUCUUUGGCUACUCACAGAGUGACUCACAUGCAAAGGGAAAACUGCUGCGACGUGCUCGGUGUCGGAUGCAGCGACAUGAGCGUCCUCAGGAAUCAUCUGAGCAAACACACCGGGGAGCGGCUUUUUAUCUGCGACGUUUGUGGCAAAGGCUGCAGUCACAAGAGCGCGCUGAAGCACCACAUGCUGACCCACACGGGAGAGAGGCCGUACGUCUGCGAGACAUGUGGCAAGCGCUGUGGCCAUGCCAGCGCUCUUCAGAACCACAUGAGAACCCACACGGGAAAGAAGCCAGGACAGCAGCCGAUGUGUGACAUGUGUGGCAAAAAAUUCAGCUGCAUGGUCAAUCUUAAGUAUCACAUGAGCGUCCACACAGGGGAGAAACCUUACACCUGUGGUCAGUGCGAUAAAAAGUUCAGCAACCCCAGCAAUCUCAAGUUACACAUGACUGUUCACUCAGGGGAGAAAAUGUAUGGCUGCAACAUCUGCAGCAGGAGGUUCACUCAGGCCAGCAGCCUGAGAAUGCACAGACUGAUCCACACAGGAGAGAGACCUUAUCGCUGUGUAGUCUGUGACAAAGGGUUCUUACACAGCGCAGACUUAAAAAAGCAUCAGAAAGGUCACCACCCAGACGAGUCUGAAAAAGAAAAAAACAUUUGAUAGUCAAUGAUUUUUGGUAACAUUACCUUUAAUGCUAUUAUUGAUUCCAUUUCUCAAGUGUUCUUAUAAAAAUGCUUGUGGGGAAAUAGAGUGCAUAAAGACAUGUUACAUGAAAACCAUAUGCAUUGAUCUGCUGCUAUAACAGACUUCAUUCCUUCUGUUUCUGUUCUAACCUGGCUGCAAAGAUUUGAGUCUGUUGGACACAGCAUUUUGGUGGGCUUCAGCUGCUGCCACGUCACAUUAAUGAACUACUUUGUUCACAUUGACUUCUCAGUUCAACAGAGAAGUUCAACAUGUCUUUAAAGUUUGUGCUUGGCUGUCUUUAUUAUAAUUUAUUGACUUCCUUCUUACUUUUAAAGCACUUCGUUCUCACUUGAUUGGUUUUACUGGAAUUGCACAAUUACAUGUUGGUAAUUCCCUUUGUCCUUAAACAAAGGAAAGAGUGGUGUGAGUCAAUGAGGCCAAUAGAGGAAGAGAAGCCCAGAUAAUUAACACUUCAUUACGACUCAGAUCUUGUAUAAAAGCAAUGGCUAUAGUGAUUCUUUUGGCCAUGUGCUUGUGUGGCUGAUGAACAUGGAAACAGUUGUUAUGAAACAUCAGUUUUGUCUAGUACAUCCAGAGAUGUUUUGAUUACUGUACAUGUUGGGGAAUGAGGCCAUUCUUUUAUUUUUCUGAUAAUUUAAAAUCACAUAUUAGUUUAUCUUUGCACAAAGAUUGAAAAGGAAAACUACCAGCAGCUCUAUAGCUUAUCCUCAUUUACUCAUUGAUGCCGUGGUACUGUAUGCUCCUGGAAACACUUAGUAUCAUAAUGAUAUACAUCAUACAGUACUUCUUUUGGGAUGUACUGUAAAGCACCUGUAACCCCAAAUUCUUGGAUGGUUAAAAAUGUUAUAUUGUUAAAAAUAUAUUUCUCUUUGUUCUUUUUUGUCAAGUCAA